AUGCCAGAACCAGUUGGAAUUGCAAACUUACCCAACCAAAGAUAUAAGAUCGUAUCUAAACAAGGAGCUACUUUCACCUUGAUGGUUGCUGGUGAAAGUGGAUUGGGGAAGACUACUUUUGUUAAUACUCUUUUCCAAUCAACUCUUAAGGAACGUCCAAAUCCAGCCGAAAGACAUAAUAAAUUUACUCUGUCUCAUCAAACCGUCGAACUUGACAUUAUCAGAGCUAUCUUGGAAGAAAAGAACUUCAAGAUCAGAUUGAAUAUAAUUGAUACCCCUGGAUUUGGUAAUAAUGUCAAUAAUCAUGAUUCUUGGACUCCAAUCAUUGAUUUCCUUGACGAUCAACAUGAAUCUUUCAUGAAGCAAGAACAACAACCAAUCCGUUAUGCCAAGAAGGACCUUAGAGUCCAUGCUUGUUUAUAUUUCAUUCGUCCAACCGGACAUUCUUUAAAGCCUUUGGAUAUUGAAAUCAUGAAACGUUUAAGUACAAGAGUUAAUUUGAUUCCAGUUAUUGCCAAGUCUGAUACUUUAUCACCAACUGAAUUGGAUACUUUCAAGACUCGUAUAAGAGAUGUUAUCGAGGCUCAAGACAUCAACAUAUAUACCCCACCUUUGGAAUUAGAUGAUCCUGCCUCUGCCGAACAUGCUAAGCAACUCAUUGAAUGUAUGCCAUUUGCAGUAAUUGGAUCUGAAGAAGACGUUGAAGUUUCACCAGGGAACUUUGUUAGAGGUAGAAAAUAUCCAUGGGGUGUAGUUGAAGUUGAAAAUGAUACUCAUUGUGAUUUUAAGAAAUUAAGAAGUUUAUUAUUAAGAACCAAUAUGUUGGACUUAAUUCUUUCCACAAAUGAAUUACAUUUUGAAACUUUUAGAUCAUUAAAGUUAGGAGAUGAUGAAUCAAAGGAUACUACUGAAACCGAUGAAAAUGGAGAAGUUAUUAAAAAGACAAUUGCAAAGAAACCAAGAAGAUUACAUAACCCAAAGUUCAAGGAAGAAGAAGAUGCUUUAAAGAAGUUCUUUACUGAACAAGUUAAGGCCGAAGAACAAAGGUUUAGACAAUGGGAAACUAAUAUCGUUAAUGAAAGAAAUAGACUUAACCUGGAUUUGGAAGAAAUGCAAAGUAAAUUGAAAGUGUUGAAGGAAGAAGUUAAGAAGUUACAAAUUGUUCAAAAAUAG